ACUCUGUACUAUUGUUUAAUGAUUCGUCAACUAUCUAAGUUAUUUCAUUCGUGUGAAAAUAGAAAAUAAACAAAUUCGUGGCACAUCUUAUCUGUGUCCAACUUUUCACAUAUCCAACCAUGGCAAGCUUGAAACAGGAUUUGGAUGAAUAUUUACUACUUCAAAGCGACCAAAAAAAGAACUUCAGUGCCAAAAUUCCACAAAUCAAAGUGCCAGAUUUGGGAAAAUUGUUUACACGCUCUGAGCCUACGGAGCCCAGCAAUAGUUGGUUGCAAGACACGCAAGACAGUUGUUGUCCUAAAUUGUCACGGUUGCAGCGCAUUGUUGGGUUUGUUGCUUGCUUAGGUCUAGGUGCUCUUUGCUUUAGCAUCUCCAUUUUUUACAUACCAAUGUUAAUAUUGAAAGCCCGCAAGUUUGCUCUACUUUAUUCUUUGGGCAGCAUGUUUUUCAUACUUGGGUUUUGCUUUUUGUCCGGCUUUGGUGCCUUCCUCAAGACUGCGUUUUCAAAGCCACGUAUGUUGGUGUCCGGCACAUAUACCAGCUCAUUGAUAGCGACACUUUACUGCGCUCUGUUAGUACAUAGCACAGCGUUAACCGUUCUCUUUGCCGUGGCGCAAAUAAUCGCCCUUCUAUUCAUGAUAGUCGGUACGGUUCCCGGUGGAGCUUCCGGAAUCAAGUUCUUCGGAAAAAUGUUCAAAAGUACUGUAUCCUCAACAAGUACACUGCCCGUUUAGUAUAAUUAAAAUUAUAUAAAUCGUUGGCUUUCUGUUUAUUAACUUUGAAGAUAUUUCUAACGCGCUUUUACGUUGAAUCGGCUGAGUUUUGUACACAUAUCCAAUAUUUAUUCAUCAGGCACUUCAAUAUUUAACACUCAAUUUAUAACUGAAAGUGACAUGUGUGAUACCAUUAAAAGAAGCGUUUAUACAUUUUA